GCCAAGAGUCAUCACCUUCAGCAGCUGUGUGAGCAGCUGUGCCACGGCUGGACAGUGGCGGUGGGCACUCUUUUUGGAGCAGUGUUUGGAAGGUGCUGGCCUUGUGCCAAGCAUUGUGACCCAGGAGAAGACCCUGCAAGCGGCUCAGGUGGGCCGGCAGGUACGACUCGCGUUGUUGCGUUUGAACGAGAUGGAGCAAGAGGUCUUUACCUUGCAUGGUCCUCGUAUGAGAGAGGCCUCUGUGUAG